AUGAAAAGCAAAUACUGGAUUAUUUUCUUUUUCACAGUUCUAUCCUUGUCCUUUGUGUUUACUUUUUCGUCAUCAUUUUUAGUAACAGCGACGGCUGAAGAAAGUGUUUCUGCUAAAGGGGAACAGGAGGAGACCAAUGGAAAGGAACAAGUAAAGGUUACCGAAGAAGUUGUAAAUGAAAAAGUGAAGGAAGAAAUUAAGGAAGGCUCCGUUAAUUAUCAACCUCUGACAGACGAAGAGACCGAAAAACUUAAAGCAACCGAAGAAAAAUUUGAAUUUCAAACCGAAGUUAGUCGUUUAAUGAAACUUAUCAUCAACUCUCUCUAUAAAACGCGUGAAAUAUUUCUCAGAGAACUCAUUUCUAAUGCAUCUGAUGCUAUUGAUAAAAUCAGAUUUUUGGCACUUACCAAUCCACAUGCGCUCAAGGCCGCCCCAAAUCUCAAUAUUACUAUUUUGGCCGAUAAAGAAAAUCGUCGAUUGGUUAUAACUGAUAGUGGUGUUGGUAUGACUAAAAAGCAACUUAAGGAAAACCUUGGUACAAUUGCGAAAUCAGGCACCUCUGAAUUCUUGGACGCUAUCGACAAAAAAAAAGCUGAUAUUAACCUUAUCGGACAAUUUGGUGUCGGGUUUUAUUCCGUGUUCCUAGUAGCCGAUAAAGUAACUGUUACUACAAAACAUAAUGACGAAGACAAACAAUACAUUUGGGAAUCUCAAGCGGUUAAUGAUUUCAGUAUUUAUGAAGAUCCUCGUGGUAACACGCUUGGACGUGGUACCCAAAUUGUCUUGCAUAUCAAAGAAGACGCAAGUGAAUUUUUGGAAGAAAAGACUUUAAACGAACUUAUUAAAAAAUAUUCAGAAUUUAUAAAUUUUCCGAUUUAUCUUUGGUCAACUAAAGAAGAGGAGAUUGAAGUAGAUUCUGAAGAUAUUUCGAAGGACCCAAAAAAUGUUACCGAUAAAGAAUACGAAGAAUUUUACGCGUCAUUCACAAAGGAUGUCGACGGUAAGCCAUUGACCUGGAUUCAUUUCAAGGCUGAGGGUGAAGUAGACUUCAGAUCUAUCAUUUAUAUACCACGUAAAGCGCCUCAAGAUUUAUUCAAAAAGGCCGAGGAUUUUAUUAGAAGCAUUAAAUUGUUUGUCAAGCGUGUAUUCAUCACCGACGAAUUCAUCGAUUUCAUACCGAAAUAUCUUCAAUUUAUUCGAGCUAUUGUUGAUGCUGAUGAUUUACCCCUUAACGUGUCCCGAGAAACUCUUCAACAACACAAAACCCUUGUAUUAAUCAAAAAACGAAUCGUCAAAAAAAUUCUUGAGAUGAUUUCAGCAUUGUCACAUGACCAAGAGAAAUACACAACUUUCAUAAAGGAAUACGGAUCAAUUUUGAAAUUGGGUGCAAUCGAAGAUGACCGAAACCGUAAAAAGGUGGCAAAAUUAUUACGUUUCCCGAGUUCCCAUAAACCAGGAAAUCUUACUUCACUUGAUGAAUACAUAAGUCGAAUGAAAAAAGGUCAAGAUAAAAUAUACGUUAUGACUGGUAGCUCUGUCGAAGAAAUUAAACAAUCACCAUUUUUGGAGCGUCUUCAAGCUCGUGGAUACGAAGUAUUGUAUCUAACCGAGCCAAUCGAUGAGAUGCUUAUUCAGCAUAUGCCCGGUUACGAUGGCAAGGUAUUCCAAAAUGCUGCCAAAGGAAACUUAAAAUUUGGGGAUGAAACAGAUGAAUCCAAAGAGGAAUUCGAAAAAAUAAAAUCGGAAUUCAUUAGAUUACAAGAUUGGAUGCAAGCAACUCUCAUCGAAUAUGUAGAAAAAGUUGAGAUUUCCAAUCGUCUUACAACUUCCCCCUGUGCCAUUAUCGCACAAGACUGGGGAUGGACAGGAAAUAUGGAAAAAAUUAUGGCUGCGCAAACGUUUAAACAAGAGGAUGACAUUAUGCAAAAUUUCUUCGCCAAACAAAAGAAAAUUUUGGAAAUCAAUCCGAAGCAUCCGUUGAUUCUUGCACUUUUGAAGAAAGCAAAUGAUGAAAAUUUCGACGACACAGCUAGAGAAACGACCUUUAUAUUAUACGAAACGGCAUUAAUUAGAUCUGGAUACUCAUUGAAAGAUAACCUUGGUUUCGCAACACGUGUCGAGAAAAUUCUUCGGUCCAAUUUAGGUGUCGACCUCGACGCAAAAAUAGAAGAACUGCGUGACCUAGGACACGACCCACCAUCUUCUUGCAGUGCUGGACCUAUCGGUGAUGAUCUUUUUCACUGGCAGGCUACUAUCAUGGGACCGUCUGACUCUCCAUAUUCUGGUGGUGUAUUCUUCCUUGCAAUUCACUUCCCUACAGAUUAUCCAUUUAAACCACCAAAGGUAAAUUUUACAACAAGAAUUUACCACCCGAAUAUCAACAGUAAUGGUAGUAUAUGCUUAGACAUUCUAAGGGACCAGUGGUCUCCGGCUCUUACCAUUUCGAAAGUUCUUUUGUCUAUCUGCUCUAUGUUGACUGACCCUAAUCCAGAUGAUCCACUUGUACCUGAAAUUGCCCAUGUUUAUAAAACUGAUCGUGCUCGUUACGAAGCGACUGCUCGUGAAUGGACACGCAAAUAUGCCAGUAAGUAG